AUGUCUACUUCAUUACAGGCACCUCAACAAUACAGCCAACCUUCUAGGAAAGGCAAGAAGGCUUGGAGAAAAAAUGUGGAUGUCUCGGAGGUUCAAGAAGGCCUCCGCCUGUUGAAGGAUGAAGAAAUCAAAGGCGGUGUUCUAGCAGAGAAACCAUCCGAAGAACUAUUCGUUAUCGACAAAAAGGGCUCCUCGGAGGCUCGCGACGCAUACCGCAAACAGCACAAGAAGCUUCUCAAAUCCGAUGAGAUCCUCGCGCAAAGAUCCGCCAUCAAUGCAGUCGACACUCGAAAACGUGCAAACUCCAAGGUUACUGAUGGUGUCAUUGAGCCAAAAACGAAAAAGCACAAGAGCGACUGGGUCAGCCGUAAGGAAUGGCAACGCUUGAAACAGGUGGCUAAGGAGGCCAACCCGCUUGGGAAGUCCAGCGAUAGUGGAUUUUUCGACCCGUGGGCAGAUGAGGCAGACCCGACGCCGUAUGACGAUCCUCAGUUCGACUAUUUGGAGAAGCCUAAGCAGAAAGUGGCCCCAGUCACCAUAAAGCAAGCUCCCAUUUCACUCGCUGCAAAUGGAAAGGCUGUUCCUGCCGUAGGAAAGCCCGCCGCUGGUACAAGUUACAACCCGACGUUCGAAGACUGGGAUCAGCUGUUGCAGGAGCAAGGUCAAAAAGCCGUCGAAGAGGAGAAGAAGCGAUUGGAGGAAGAACGCAAGGAAGAAGAGCGGCAGCGUCUGAUCGCUGAGGCCAAAAAUGAUGAUGGUGAGGCAAAGUCAGAUGACGAGAGUGCAUGGGAGGGCUUUGAGAGCGAGUACGAGAAGCCGGAAUGGCUAAACAAGAAGCGCCCGGAAAGGAAAACGAAAACACAAAGGAACAAAAUCAAGCGAAGGAAGGAGGCUGAAAGGCAAGCCAAGUGGGAGGCACAGAAGCAGAAGAAGGAGGAACAACUUGCCCAGUUCAAGGCCAAUACAGAGCGUUCUGAGCAACAGGCACUGGAGCGUCAGGUGAAGGACAGUGACGCUGACGAUUCGUCCGAUGAGGGCGAUGACACUACUCUGCGCCGAAAACCCCUAGGGAGACUAAGGGCCCCUGAGAAGCCAACCGAGGUGGUCCUCCCAGACGAGCUGCAAGAUUCGCUGCGUCUGCUGAAGCCAGAAGGGAAUCUUCUCGACGAUAGGUUCCGGACGUUGAUCGUUCAGGGCAAGCUCGAGUCGCGCAAGCCCGUAUCGCAACCGAGAAAGGCCAAGAGAGAAGUCACUGAGAAAUGGGCCUACAAAGACUUCAAGGUGCCUGGGUUAUAA